AUGAAGGUUUUCUCCAACAAUAUGGGAAAGAAAUCUGAGCCCGUCAUAACAAAAUGCAAGGAGAGCGAAAACUGGACAAAAGUUACAUUUAAGCCUGACUUAGCAAAAUUCAAUAUGACUCAUCUUGAAGAUGAUGUUGUUGCCCUGAUGAAAAAGCGGGUGAUUGACUUGGCGGGAUGCCUUGGAAAGACUGUGAAGGUUGAGCUUAAUGGGCAACGUAUUCCAAUAAAGUCUUUUCUUGACUAUGUUAAUCUCUACCUUCAAUCUGCCUCCAAAGCCAGACUAGAUGCCCUCCCAGGUGGAAUGGAGUACUUGCAUCAAAACAACAUAAUUCACAGGGAUCUUAAGACAGCAAAUUUGCUUAUGGAUAAUGACAAAGUUAUUAAUCAUCAACCAUACGAUCAGAAAGCGGACAUAUUCAGUUUUGCUAUUGUUCUGUGGGAGCUUGUCACCGCUAAGGUUCCAUAUGAUACGAUGACUCCUUUACAAGCUGCCCUGGGAGUGAGACAGUUUUGGUUGUUUGUAUAUCAAGUUAUAUCAUAA